CUGCGCAUAGCCCGCUUCCCCGAGCGGAAAGUGGCCGGCGCUUCUCGCGAUGGAGACGGUCACUUCUUCAGACAGCUCCCUAGCUUUGGAGAGUGAGCAUCCUCCAGAGACCGCAGAGUCCAACAACAGCGUGUAUACGUCCUUCAUGAAGUCUCAUCGCUGCUAUGACCUGAUCCCUACAAGCUCCAAGUUGGUUGUAUUUGAUACUUCCCUGCAGGUGAAGAAAGCUUUCUUUGCCUUAGUGACUAAUGGUGUACGAGCUGCCCCUUUGUGGGACAGUAAGAAGCAAAGUUUUGUGGGCAUGCUGACUAUCACCGAUUUCAUCAACAUUCUGCACCGCUACUAUAAAUCAGCCUUGGUGCAGAUCUAUGAGCUAGAAGAACACAAGAUAGAAACGUGGAGAGAGGUGUACCUACAGGACUCCUUUAAACCACUUGUCUGCAUUUCUCCUAAUGCCAGCUUGUUUGAUGCUGUCUCUUCUUUAAUUCGAAACAAGAUCCAUAGGCUGCCAGUUAUUGACCCGGAAUCAGGCAAUACUCUGUACAUCCUCACCCACAAACGCAUCCUCAAGUUCCUCAAGUUGUUUAUCACCGAGUUUCCCAAGCCAGAGUUCAUGUCUAAGUCUCUGGAAGAGCUUCAGAUCGGCACCUACGCCAACAUUGCCAUGGUCCGCACGACCACCCCUGUCUAUGUGGCUCUGGGCAUCUUUGUGCAGCACCGAGUGUCCGCCCUGCCAGUGGUGGAUGAUAAGGGGCGUGUGGUGGACAUCUACUCCAAGUUUGAUGUUAUCAAUCUGGCAGCCGAAAAGACCUACAACAACCUAGAUGUGUCUGUGACCAAAGCCUUGCAACAUCGGUCGCAUUAUUUUGAGGGGGUCCUCAAGUGCUGCCUUCAUGAGACUCUGGAGACCAUCAUCAACAGGCUGGUGGAAGCAGAGGUUCACCGACUUGUGGUGGUGGAUGAGAAUGACGUGGUCAAGGGAAUCGUAUCUCUGUCCGACAUCCUGCAGGCCCUUGUGCUAACAGGCGGAGAGAAGAAGCCCUGAGCCGGGGGAGAGGAUCAGGCAGCACUCACUGCCUCCAGCAGCUCUGGGAAGGAGAUGACACCUUGGGAGAAUCGGAAUGGUCCCUGCCCUCAGGAGUGCAGGGAGUUGGAAGAGGAAGGAGGAGGAGUGUUCUAGUUGUCCUUACCUUCACACAUAUGCUUGAGAACAUUGUAGUCCAGCCCUUGUCCUCUUAGACCUAGCUCCUUUCUGGGUCGGUGAUGGGCUCUGGGCCCGCCCUCAGGCAGAUUCCGAUCUCUAAGAGAUCCCUAGACUUCACCCUGCCUGUGCCUCCUUCCUGCCCCAAACUCCGCCCUAGGAUAAUAGCACAACAGCCUUCAUAGAGAUAUUUUUAUUCAUCCUGUUUCAUGCUAUUUGGGGGAGGCCAAGUCCCGUUAGUGACAUUUCUUCCCAUAAUGGGAGUGGAGAGCACUGCAGCGAGGAAAGCCUCUGAGUUCCUGAGCUGUUUUUCUCCGGAGGCAGGCAGGUGGGGGUUAAGUGGAGGAUGCGGUAGUUAGCUGAAGUUAAUUACUUUUCAUGGCAAAUCUAAUUAAAAUGACAGCACCCUCCUCGUGGCAUUGCAGUGUUUGAUGUUUGCCGUUGAUAGACACUACUGCUCCAGCCUUCCUCUUUCCUCUGACUCCUGUGACUCGUGAAUAGCAACAAGCACACCACCUGUAUGUAGAUAGAAUGUGUGCUGUGCGCCAGGCACCCUUCUCUGUGCUUUGCUUUACAUAAAUUAAUUAAUUUAACCCUUAGAACGAUGAGAGAUACUAUUGCUAUUCCAGUUUUAUAGACUUUAAAACAAGCAGGCACAGAGAGGUUAAGUAACUUGCCCAAGGUCACACAGCUAGUAAAAAGUAGAGUUGCCAUUUGAGCCCUGACAGUCUGGUUCCAGAUCCCAGGCUCUCUACCGCUACACUAGAUUGCCUUCAAUAGCUGAUAUUCCCUGCAACCCCCUGCUUGCCAGCUCACUGUCCCCUCUGCCCGGAUCAGAGCUGGAAGCCCAUGAGAAUGUUAGGCUGUCACAGUAGACAGGCGAGGGUUUCCUCCAGCCAGAGGCCCGCCACCACCAUCAGCUCUCUACAUGGAGGAGCUGGGCUGUGUUUGCAUUCUUCUGGGCCGUUGUUGUCUUUGAAAGUCUUGCCUUUCUUCCAAGGUGAAAAUAGCUGGAGGAGGGAGAGGGAACAUAUCGGGACCAUGGUGACCCCGUCUUAACCAGUUUGAAUUGAAUUGUGACCCUCCAAAAUUUGUACCCAUGUGCUAGGCCAUGAUUCUUAGUGUUAACAUUGUUUAUCCCCCAUUUUGUGACUAGAUGCAAUCUAUGUGUUGUCAGCCCCAAGCUCUAUGAAGUUGAUGAGGCCAGACACAAUCUAUAGGAUUAGGUAGUAUGUAGAGUCCAUCUCUUGAGAUACAAAAGAGAACAAGUGAGCAGAGAUCAAAGGAACCUGCUGCUAUCAAGAUAGAAGACCCGGAAGCAGAGAAGGCCUUUUGGCCCUGGGAUCUCAGCAUGGGGAACCUCCAAGACACAUGGACAAUCUCCAAGGGUUGACAGGCCCACAGGAGUUGAAAAGAGACAGGGAGCUUCCCCCAGAGCCAACAGAGAGACAGACCCUUCUUCCAGAGCUGGCACUCUGGAUGUGGACUUGUAGCAUCCAAAACAGUGAGAGUAAAUUUGUUUGAAAAAGCCA